CUCCCUCAGCGAGGACAGCAGGGGCCCAGCCAGGAGGGAGAGAAGCAACUCCAGACCCCCUGGAAAUAGCCCUCAGAGCCAUAUCCCCAGACAAGCCGCCAGGCAGGCUAUCUCCCUCUCACACGCACUGCCCCAGGGCGCCACCAUCUCCUCUGGAAAGGACACCAUGAGCACCGAGAGCAUGAUCCGGGACGUGGAGCUGGCUGAAGAGGCGCUUCCCAAGAAGGCAGGGGGGCCCCAGGGCUCCAGGCGCUGCGUAUGCCUCAGCCUCUUCUCCUUCCUGCUCGUGGCAGGAGCCACCAUGCUCUUCUGCCUGCUGCACUUCGGGGUGAUCGGCCCCCAGAGGGAAGAGUUCCCCAGUGGCCUCCAUCUGGUCAACGUCAACCCUCUGGCCCAGACACUCAGAUCGUCCUCCCGGACCCCAAGCGACAAGCCUGUAGCCCAUGUUGUAGCAAACCCCCAAGCCGAGGCACAGCUGCAGUGGAUAAGCGGGCGUGCCAAUGCCCUCCUGGCCAAUGGCGUGCAGCUGAGAGACAACCAGCUGGUGGUGCCGUCCGACGGACUAUACCUCAUCUACUCCCAGGUCCUCUUCAAGGGCCAAGGCUGCCCUUCCACCCACGUGCUCCUCACCCACACCGUCAGCCGCUUUGCCGUCUCGUACCAGACCAAGGUCAACCUCCUCUCUGCCAUCAAGAGCCCCUGCCAGAGGGAGACCCCAGAGGAGGCUGAGGCCAAGCCCUGGUAUGAGCCCAUCUACCUGGGAGGGGUCUUCCAGCUGGAGAAGGGUGACAGACUCAGUGCUGAGAUCAAUUUACCCGAUUAUCUCGACUUCGCCGAGUCCGGACAGGUCUACUUUGGGAUCAUUGCCCUGUGAGGGAGACGGACGUCCAUCCUUCCCCGACGCCUCACCCCUCCAAUUUCUUUAUUAUCCACUCCUUCAAGACCCCCUCAUCCUCUUCUGGCUUAGAAAGGGAAUUAAAGGCUCGGGGCCGGACCUCAAGCUUAGAACUUUGCACACCACCACCACCACUUAGAAACCUAGAAUGCAGACAUGGGUGGUCUGGACAAUGGAGCACUGGCCACCACCAAGAAUUCAAACUGGAGCUUCAGAACUCACUAGGGACCUAAGAUUUUGAUCCCUGAAUUCAACCUGGGACAUCUGGAAUUUGGGCACCAGAGAGCCUUUGAUUCUGGCCAGAACACUUUAGAACAUCCCUUGAGAAGACCUCACCUUGGACUUGACAUGAGUGGACUUCAAGCCUUUCUCUCUUCAGACAUUUCCAGACUCUUCUCUGAGAUAUGGAGCCAAGCUCUCCUCGUGGGGCCAGCCUCCUCUAUUUAUAUUUGCACUUGUGAUUAUUUAUUAUUUAUUUAUUAUUUAUUUAUUUACUGAUGAAUUAUUUAUUUGGGAGGUCAGAGUAUUCUGGGGGACCCGAUGUAGGAGCUGCCUUGGCUUAGACGUGUUUUCUGUGAAAACAGAGCUGAACUAUAGGCUGUUCCCACCUGGCCUCCUGGCCUCUGUGCCUCCUUUUGCUUGUGUUUUGAAAACAUAUUUAUCUGAUCCAGUUGUCUAAAUAAUGCUGAUUUGGUGACAGACUGUCACUACAUCGCUAAACCUCUGCUCCCCAGGGGAGUCGUGUCUGUAAUCGCCCUACUGGUCAGUGGCGAGAAAUAAAAGUUUGCUUAGAAAAGAAA